AUGUAAAAUUCAAAAAAUAAGUAAAUAUUUUGUGAUCAAUUUGAAUUGUUCAAAGAUAAGUAAUUUUAGUCUAUUUCUUCAUUAAAGGUAUUUAAUAUUAUUAAAUAUUUUAUAGUAAGUUAAAAUUGAGUAGGUUAGUAAUUAAGAAUAAAUAAUUAAUGAAUCAAGUGUUGAAGAUAUUUUUGAAUAAAUGGGAAACAAAGGAUCUAAUCAAGAAUAACCAAAAUAAAUUAAUAAAGUAAAUAAAAUCAAUAAAAAUGAUGAUUGGAAAUCAUAUUAUAAUUUAAGAUUGAAAGAAAUUAAAUUAGAAAGACCUGAACUUAAACAUAAUUAAAUGACAUACUUAAUAUCAGAAGAAUGGAAAAUAAUCAAGAAAUAAUUUAAAAAAGUUCCUUUAUCUUUAAAUCAAGAUGAAGAUUUAUUAAAUAAGAAGAAAUUAAAAUAAAUUAAAGAUAAUUCAAAAUUUUGUUAAGAAAUAAUAUCAUUUGAAAAAUAAGAAUGCGAUAGUGAACUUGAUUUUAAUCCAUUUGAAAGUGCCAAAUUUAUUGAAAAUUUAAGAUUAAAGAAAUUUAAAUUAGUUAUUAAUGAUUUAACUUAUGAACUUCCAGGAAUUGCUAUUAUAGAAGCAAUCAAUAAUGAUUCAAUUCUAAUAUAUUUGAAUCAAAAUAUCAAUAAUAAUAAUGUUACAAAUAUAAGUACUACAUAGGGUACUCCAAAUAAAAAGGCGAAUCCUAAUUUAGAAGAUAUUGGAAGUGAUAGUGAAUAGAGUAUUUGUAGAGGAAAUGAUGAUUUUAUUUUGUAAAACAAUAUUAGAUCAUUUUUAUGA